UCCAAUCAAUUUGUUCGCUUGCAGAGAGAAACAGACUACCUCAAGUGCUCAUAUUGUUUGGCUCCUAGACCCGUGUCUGAUCCGUUUGCAAGGUUUUGUAAUGAUUGUGGACACCCCAUCACUCCACUCAUCCAGAACAAACUUCCUCCUCCUCAAGUUAACCAAGUGGGCAGAUGUUUUACAUGUCAGUCAAUGGUGCCUUUCAACAUGGCCUCAUGCAUCGUAUGUGAAUCCCCCCUCAAACAACAAUGCCUUCCGAGGUCAGAUGUCAAACUCUCCUCAAUGGUUCCCUGUGUGGUCUGUGGCACUGCGAACCAGGCCACCCUUCGAUACUGCGUCACAUGCUGCGCUUCCUUACCCGAGUCAAACCUGCCGGCCAGUUUGAAUAUCUCACCAACACGAAGCAGUAGCGCCAACAAUCUCUCCAAAACUUGCUCCAAGUGUGGCAGGGUCAACAGUUCGAAGGCCAGGUUUUGUGAUUGGUGCCAGUCCAAACCGAUCGCAUGCAACAAGUGCGGAACGACCAACCAGGCUCAUGCUCAUUAUUGCGCUAACUGUGGCAACUUGUUGCAGUUCCCUGCUGACGAUAACAUGCUUCCUGGGUUCAUGUCCAUGAACGGACCUCCCGCGCUGCAGACCACAGAGGCAGCAACCCAGACUGUCGGUCUCUUCUAUCCGUCGGUGCCAAAGUUCAAACAGAUGAAUAUUCUCGAGGGUCUCCUGGGUACUAAGGACAUGAGCAACAGCAAGGGAGGAGAUUGGGUGGACCAGAAACCAAUCAUCACCAGUGCCGUGUCUCCAGGAAGAGGUUACUGGCGCAAGCAGGUGGAGCACAUGUGUGCACAUCUGAAGGCCCAUGCUUCCAAGGACACAAACUUCAGAUCUCUCAUUGCUCAUCCCAGGAUGGGGAAGUUACUGCAGGCCACCGUUAAUGAAGAUGGUUACGAAUUGAGUUUGACCUUGAAUUUUGCUCUCAGGUCACCAGAUAAUAUCGUGAACACGAACAACCUAAAAAAUGACAGAAUGAGAUCUGCAGGCAGCAGAAGAACAGGCAUGGGAGAUACCUCGCAAAGAAGAAGCAACCUGAAAAAGAAGAACAGCAACAGCAGACAAAUGAACAACGACGACGUUAACAACACUGUAAGUGAACUGAACAAAAGUCUGACGAAAGAGGUCGGCAAAUUAGGUCGUGGACGCGUUGAAAAAGUUCAAGAGCUGAUUCUUGAGGGAGCCUCACCAAAGGAUUGCACAACACGUGACGGACUGACACUCCUCCACCAUGCAGCCAUCUACAAACACUACCACGUCAUUCCGAGUCUGGUAGAAGCUGGUCUGCACGUAGACAGUGUGGAGAACUCAAUGCACAACACGCCACUGCACGAGGCUGUCAGGGAGCACAAUGUGAAUGCUGCUGCUGGGGCUGAUCAUGGUGCUGCCCUCAAAGUUGUCGAAGUUUUAUUAGGGUGUGGAGCCAGUCCAACAAAGAAGAACAAGCUAGGCGAGACUGCUUACGAACUUGCAAUCAGAGUUGGAAGGCAGGACCUCGCCAACAAGAUGACCAUGUACAUCGCACAGAACAACAUCAACAAACUUUCCAAACCGAAAAAAAUUAACUCGGAUUUUUAA